AUGGAUGCCAGUUUAUCAAAGAUCCUGGCUAGGAAACUUGUGGUCUACCCAGAUCCCGCUAAAUUCUCGCGGACUUGUGUGGCGGAUUCCAACUUUCAAAAGUCAAGCUCAGAAUUGGCACGAGCCAGACCGAGCAUGCAAUGGCAAGUUUCGCGAGAAGUUGUGCUCAGUUUCAGCGUGGGCAUUGCGGUGGCUUUGGCCAUUGAGCAACUAUGGCAGAGAUACAGUGACGACACCCUACGCUCGAAAUUCUCAUUCCGCUCAUAUCUCGCGCGAUCGACAUCCAGCCGAGCGACAAGACACGGACACAUCGAACACAACAACACGCCAGCAAAUUCACUGACCGCCCUCCGGCCCCUCGGCGCUGGCAUCGAAUCAACAAUCGGUAACACGCCUCUGAUUGUGCUCAAAUCGCUCUCGCAACUAACGGGGUGCACGAUCCUUGCGAAAUGCGAAUUCCUCAACGGGGCCGGCCAGUCCCCGAAAGACCGCGUCGCCUUGAGCAUCAUCACACGUGCCGAGGCGCAGGGCCAACUGACGCCUCACUCUGGCGACACGAUCUACGAGGGCACGGUGGGCAGCACGGGGAUUUCGCUGGCAACGCUGGCGCGCGCACGUGGGUACCGCGCGCAUAUCUUCAUGCCGUCGGACCAGGCGUUCGAGAAGUCUGAUCUGCUGGUGAAGCUCGGCGCGGUGGUGGAGCGGGUGAGCCCCGCGCCGAUUGUCGAUCCGUUGCAUUUCGUGAAUCGCGCGCGGAGUGCUGCGGCGAGGCAUACGCAGGAUGAAAAUACCGAGGGACGCGGCCUUUUCGCCGACCAGUUCGAGACCGAGGCCAACUAUCAGGCGCACUUUGAGGGGACCGGCCCGGAGAUCUUCGCGCAGGCGGGCGGUGAGGUCGAUGCGUUUGUCGCCGGUGCGGGGACCGGCGGCACGUUGUCUGGCGUGGCGUUGUUCUUGAGGGAGAAGGUGCCGGCGUGUCGUAUCGUUCUAGCUGAUCCUCAAGGUAGUGGCUUGUAUAAUAAAGUUAAGCAUGGUGUUAUGUUCCAUAGUUUGGAGAGGGAGGGGACCAGGCGGCGAGAUCAGGUUGAUACGGUGGUCGAGGGGAUAGGGUUGACGCGGUCGACGAGAAACUUCGAGGUCGGCAGGGAGGAGAUCGACGACGCUGUCAAAGUCUCGGAUGCACAGGCUAAGAAUAUGGCCAAGUGGCUUGUUGAGAAUGAUGGGAUCUUUGUGGGCAGUAGUAGCGCUGUCAACUGCGUUGCUGCACUUCAGACGGCUCUCAAGCUUGGUCCCGGUCACAAAGUUGUCACGAUACUGUGCGACUCUGGAAUGCGACAUCUGUCGAAAUUUUGGGCUCAAGUUGGGGAUGUUGGUGGUGAUGCAAAGACGACACUGGAAGACAUAAUUGAAGGUCACAACUUGGCGUGA